UACAACCAACUUGUGUGACGUACUCGCGGAUCGCAGGAUUUCAAGUUGUGAUUUAAUUCUUCGAACCCGCUGCAAGGAAAAGUCCCCGCACCGCCCGAAAAAGCGGUCCACCCCGUUUCUUAACUAGUAAAGUGUGUCGCGCGCAAUUCCCCGCUUCCGGUAGCAUCGUAGAAAGCGUGAAACUCGGCACGGUUUGCAGGUCAAACGCAGGUCAACAUGUUUACAGUAAACACACAUCAGCACCAAUUGCUCUUUCAUCUGUCGCAAAUCGGUCCACGGCACAGUAAUAUUGCACUGAAGAAGCACCACGCCAGCAGACAAACUCCGCAGCAGCAGCAUCAACAGGGGAAGGAAGCUUCCUACCUGGCCCAGAACCAUGAUUCGAGUAGGUUGAAGCGCUCGCUGGUCCAGUUUUACUGCGACAGCUUCCAGCGAUCGGUGGAACAGCCCCAGCAGCAGCCACAGUCCCAGUUGUACGAGCUGAAACUGCCCCGCCGGAUCGAGCGGAACCUGCUGAAGCACUUUAGCAAUGUCCACGUUAUGGCCAGCGUCCGGGAGGAUGUCCCGUGGAGUAUUAGCUUGACGCCGAAGGCACGCCGGGGACGGACGGUGUCCGGUGGCGAGGAGACGGUCUUCUUCAACGCAGCGAUGGUGAAUAAGAUUGUGCGGAGUUUGUUGGCGCAACCUGGGGGAGGGUUGGCCUACGUGCAACAGCGUGGCUUUAAAACGGUCCGGUCGGUUAGCGCCGAGAUGAAGCGGAAUCCGGGACUGUUUACGCGGGUCAAGGAUUCACUGGCGGCUCCAGCGCCGAAAAUCUCCCACAAGUACGAACCGGUUCCGUUCAACGCGCAAACCAUAAGCCCCCAGCAGUACAACGAACCGCUGAACAAGCUGCUCAGCGAGGUCAACGACCCGACCAUGGCGGACGAGCAGAAGCAGCGGCUGAAGAUCGCGUUUGCCGAGGGUUACCUCACCGCGACCCAUCCGGACCACGAGCGCCGCUCGGGCAAAGCCAUGCGCUACCUGAAGGUGCUCCAGCAGCUGCUGAUCAUCGUCGUGUUUAUCGGAAUCUUCAUCAGCCUGUUUGUGUCCACGAACGGGUCCGUCUUCAGUAGAAUACAAAUCGGCAACCAGGUCGAGGUCGAUCCGGAGGACAUCUCCGUCACGUUCGAGGACGUCAAGGGCUGCGACGAGGCGAAACAGGAACUCAAGGAGGUCGUCGAGUUCCUCAAGAAUCCGGACAAGUUCAGCAACCUGGGUGGCAAGCUCCCGAAGGGAGUGCUGCUGGUGGGACCGCCCGGAACCGGUAAAACACUGCUUGCGCGAGCCGUCGCUGGCGAAGCCGGCGUUCCGUUCUUCCACGCGGCCGGUCCGGAGUUCGACGAGGUCCUCGUUGGACAGGGCGCACGGCGCGUGCGGGAUUUGUUCAAAGCGGCCAAGGAGCGCGCCCCGUGCGUAAUCUUCAUCGACGAGAUCGACUCGGUCGGCGCCAAACGGACCAACUCGGUGCUCCACCCGUACGCGAACCAAACCAUCAACCAGCUGCUGUCGGAGAUGGACGGCUUCCAGCAGAACGAGGGCGUCAUCGUGCUCGGGGCCACCAACCGGCGGGACGAUCUGGACCAGGCGCUGCUCCGUCCGGGGCGGUUCGACGUGGAGGUGGUGGUGCCGACGCCGGACUUUACCGGCCGCAAGGAAAUCCUGACGCACUACCUGAGCAAGGUGCUGAGCAAGGACAUCAACAUCGAUCAGCUGGCGCGGGGUACGACCGGGUUUACCGGGGCGGACAUCGAGAAUAUGGUGAACCAGGCGGCGUUGAGAGCGGCCAUCGACGGCGCCGAAACGGUGGGCAUGAAGCACCUGGAGAACGCCCGCGACAAGGUACUUAUGGGCCCGGAGCGCAAGUCCCGCCUGCCGGACGAGGAGGCGAACAAGAUCACGGCGUACCACGAGGGUGGCCACGCGAUCGUCGCCUACUACACCAAGGAAUCCCAUCCGCUGCACAAGGUUACAAUCAUGCCACGUGGGCCGUCCCUCGGCCACACCGCUUACAUCCCGGAGAAGGAGCGGUACCACGUCACCAAGCAACAGCUGCUGGCCAUGAUGGACACGAUGAUGGGUGGGCGGGCGGCCGAGGAGUUGAUCUUUGGCGCCGAUAAGAUCACUUCCGGUGCCAGCAGUGACCUGAAGCAGGCGACGUCGAUCGCGUCGCACAUGGUUCGCGAGUGGGGCAUGUCCGAGCGGGUCGGUCUGCGUACGAUCGAGUCUUCGAAGAGCUUUGGCGCCCCGACGGAGGUCCUGUCGGCGUCGACGGUCGAAGCCGUCGAUCUGGAGAUCAAGAAGAUCAUGAACGACAGCUACGAACGCGCCAAGAGCAUCCUGAAGCAGCACGCCAAGGAGCACAAAGCGCUGGCCGAGGCACUGCUCAAGUACGAAACGCUGGACGCCGAAGACAUCAAGGCGAUCCUCGGCGGUGAAAAGUUGCCCGUUGAAGAUCACUAAGUGUGUGUGUGUGGCAACCUGCGUCGACCCAAACUACUUAGGAGUAUGCAGCAUAUAAAUAUUAUAUUAUAUUUAAUCAACGCCUCAACCUUCCUUACCCUCUUUUAACACACUGAAAACCUCCUCCCCUCUUUAUUUCAAUUUAGGCUUAGCUGGUAAAACCUAGGAAGAACACAAAAACACACUAACAAACGUUGAAGUAGAAAAUGUCCCAAGAAACAAAAUCAUGUGACACAUUUGCCCGGCCCGCAAGUGGCCAACACAGCAGUGCAAGCAAGUUAUAUAUUCCAAAAUAAAGGGCAUGCAAAAAUGCGCGCGCUAUCGUUAAA